AUGGCCUGCCCAAUCAGCGUCAGCAAGUUUGUUGGCACUGUCUCUCUCGGUCUGCUUACAGGCCUCUCCUACUCUACAUCCGCGAUCACAAUUCCAGCUCUCCAGCUCCUCCCAACAGCUACUACCGCCGCUCGAUCCCUUAACGAGGUGAAGCGCCUAUCGCGCCGAUAUGCCCUGCGCCUAACUUUCCUGACCAACACUUGCUUCUGUUUCGCAUGGUGCCUCUCAUCCCCGCGCCGUAGACACCCAUACAUGGUCUGGCUCUGCGCGUUCUCCAUCGUCGGUGCCCACGGUGUGGACUUCUUGUUCAAUCGUCACCUCGGCUUCAAGAACUGGGCAUGCUCUAUGAUCCGCGACGUUUCCCCCAUGUGUCUGACCCGGGACUCCAACGCAAAGAAGGAUGAAGAUGUUGUCGUUGUCGAGGCCGAGGAUGAUUUGAACGGCGAGAUCUUCCAGCGCGAGAUGGACCGGGAGCGCCGGCUCCACCGAGCACGCACUUGGUUGUCCGGUAUUGCGCUUUCUAUUGGCAUUGUUGGCCUUUGGGGGGAUAAGAGAUAA